AUGACAUCCAGCCUCCUCAUCGCGCAACUCGCCUUCUACGCCCCCCUAACACUUCCAACACUCUACCUCCUCUACAGCCAUGGCCGCCACGGCUUCCUCGCCUGGCUCUACCUCCUCGCCUUCUGCGUUCUUCGCGUAACCGGUGCCGCCAUGGGCCUCAACGACCCCCACAACGCUGGCACCCAGAUAAUAUCCAGUAUCGGGCUCUCGCCGUUGCUGCUGGCGAUAGACGGGAUGUUGCAUGAGGCGAGAAUAUACUGUCUAUCCCCUAGCAAACGAACCGAGUGGGCAUUCAUGGCGCUCAUCCAUGUCCUCUCGCGACGGGGGUUGCAAUGGUUGGGGUCGGUGCUGGCGGGCUGUUGA